UCGAAGCGUCACUUGGGAGAUACGUUCCUCCGAUACCCUCGAUCCGCACCUGCCGCUGCUCUCCGUUUUCCGAUCUCAUCAUCUUCUUCUUCUUCAAGGUUGUUCGUCUACGCCCCGAUCUGUAAUCUUCGUCUUGUUUACGCAUGAUGGAUUGGCAAGGUCAGAAGCGCGCGGAGACCCUAAUGCAGAUCUUGCUUGUGGUUUUCGCAGUCGCCGCCUUGGGGAUCGGGUACACCCUUGCCUCCUUUCAGACCAUGAUGCUUAUCUACGCCGGUGGAGUCGUGCUCACCGCGCUGAUCACCGUGCCCAAUUGGCCCUUCUUCAACCGCCACCACUUGAAGUGGUUGGAUCCCAGUGAAGCAGAGAAGCAUCCGAAACCGCAGGUGAAUGUUCCCACCACUACCAAGAAAAAAUCUUCCAAGAACAAACAGUAGUAUUUCAUGGAGUACCAUUUAGCUUGUUGUCGGGCUCUUUGUUUUUCCUAGUUUGAGUGCAGAAUCCAUGUCUGAGUACUUAAGACUUCAUUUUUCAGGAUAUCAAUCUCAAAGUAUGUGUGUUGUCAUAAAUACAUUUAGCUAAGAAGCUGAGUUCUUCAUUAA